GGGGAGACGGUGUGGGAAGCACAGAGAGAGAGAGGGCAUAUAUUUCCUAAUAAACACAGGGUUGCUUAGUAGAAUAUACUUUUUAGAUAAUGUAAACUUAAUGUAAACUAGAUCCGCCUCCACACACUCCGGUACGGUAGGUGGCGCUAUGCACCUGUAAAACGAGAUCGCAAUCCGCCGAAAACAACCCACAAAGAAGUAGCUCGGGCUCAUUGAACAUGGCGUCCUAGUGCUCAGAAGUAACGUGGUAAUAACAAGUCAACAUGUUACUUCUUAGAGUAGGUGACUUUGCCAAAUGUCUGAGUCGUCGCUGUUUAUUUGAGAAGUAUGCUGUUCGCGCGUCUUUUGCGGACUGCUGUCAGCUGUGUGUGUCGAGGAGGAACGGCGCACUCAGACGAGUCUCAGAGACACCCUUGUGGCUUCAAAGAAGAAAUGUUACAUUUGUAAUUCCAAAGACAGAAGAUGGAAAGAAACGUGUACUGGAGCAGUCUCAGUUGUUAGACGUGCUUGAGGCCAGGAUCCACCAACUCCAAUCUGAUGUCGUUCUAGAUGUCCAACAUGCAAAGGUGCAAUUUGUUAAAGCCCCAUCCUCUGGAAGAGGGUGUUUAUCUGAUAUGGGUCCUAUAAGGAAUCCUAGUAAGAAAACAAUACCUAAAUCAGCGCCGGCAUUUUGUAGUUCUAAGCCCAGUCGCUGGAUGCAAAGGUUAAGUGAGGAGAACAUAAGGAAACUUAAUCAACAGCAGCUACUCAUUGAGAAACUCAGGAAGAAAAUGGAGAAGAAGGUCCAGGCUAAGAAACUAAAUCAAUCUCUAAAAAAGGUUCCUUGUGAAGAUGGCCAAAAGAAGAGAGUUACUAAUGAGUCGAAGGAGCUGAAGAACAGUCUCAACCAGCAACACAGUGAAGGAACUGUAUCUGAGGACAUCCUGCUGAACAUCCAGUGUUACCUGGAGUGCUGUGUGUUUGCUGGGAAAAUUGAAAGGGCAUACCGCUUUCUGCUAGUGCAGCACAGAAACGUGACCCGACGUAAACAUCUGAACACGGACAUCUACAACAUCAUGAUGAAGGUGUGGGCCAAGAGGGGUUCACUAAGUCAGAUCGGCCGCAUGUUCAUUAUGUUAGAAGAGCUUGGUCUGAAGCCAAAUGCGGGAUCAUACUGUGCUGUACUGGAGUGUAUGGGCCGCAAUCCCGACUGCACACCAGAGAUUGUCACAAGAUGCCUGAACCAGAUGAAGAAAAAUGACGUGUCUGUGGACGAUGUGUUCAGCCAAUGUGUGUUCCGGCAAGAUGAGGGAGACAUGGUGCUAAAGGCCGUGCGUAUCGUCCAGCCCGACUACCAGCCCAACUGCCAGCCCCAUUCCCUCAACAAAAACGAGUACUCCUCACCACUCGUUAAGGACUUCUAUGCACAGAAGGGAGACUACAAGUACCCCAAACUGGACUUAACCCAGAAGGAGCUUCAGAAGCGUUUCAAACGUCAGCUCAGCAUCGAACAAGCCUGCACUAUCACCAUCGAGUCUGUGGAGACUUCCAAGCCUGUCACUGAAAACAUAGUCAAAAUGAGGGGGCACCUGGCCAAUCACUUGGCAAUGUGGCACAAGAUCCUCCUUCAGGCCCUCAGGGAGAGCAGGAAGAACCUGGUCCACAACACGGACAUCCGGUUUAGCGUUUAUCCCUAUCUCUGUCUGCUGGAGGAUGAAGAGUAUGUUGACAUCAUGAUACAGACUAUUGCCAAAAUGCCUCUGAGUGGAGGUACACUGAUGUAUUUAGCUGCAGAGCUGGGCCAGAAGAUCUACAGCAAGUAUGCUGUGAAGCAGAAGCUACAAAAUCACAUAAUGGAUAAAUUGGCCAACAUUUACAACGAUUACACAGAACUUCUGGCCAAAGAUACCAAGGUGUACAAUGACCUUCCCAGGGAGCGUUGGUGUAAGCUUGAGAUGGAGAACUUUGCAGGACCCACGCUGCAGGCAGGAGAGACCAAUUGGCCAUACAUAGUAACAGUGGAGCUGGGCACUUUCCUCGUGAAUAUCAUGGUCAAGAACCUUAAAAUUAACUGCGACAUCCUAAACCCGUCGCACAGCAGGAAGCUCAUCCCCAUCCUCUACCACAUGUACACCUUCCGAAGCACACGACAGAUCGGCUUUAUCAAGCCCCACCCCAUACUGUCUCACAUUCAGCAGGAGGCCAUGCAGACCACAUUGACCUUUGACUCGAAUGUGAUGCCAAUGCUGUGUCCUCCUGUCCCAUGGUGUUCUGUCAAGUUUGGAGCCUACCUGUUGACACCAACCAAACUGAUGCGCGCAAUGGAAGGGGCCACACAACACGAAAAGUUGUUGGAGAAGAGUCAGAACCUCCAUCCAGUCCUGGACUCUCUUAACCAGCUGGGCAACUGUGCCUGGAAGAUCAACAAACCUGUGUUGGAUAUUAUUAUCUCAAUCUUCAAUGAUCGGGGCUGUGAAAAUUUAGACAUCCCUCCUCCUCUGUCAGAGGCCCCCAAAGUAACCUAUUCCUUUGAUCCCACUCAUACUGUUGCUGAAAAAGUCCGCUUCAGGCAGGACAUGAUUGAAGCCAAAAAGAAAACCAGUGAAAUGCACAGCAUGCGUAUGGAUGCUCUAUAUAAACUCUCCAUUGCCAACCACCUGCGAGAUGAGAUCUUCUGGUUCCCUCACAACAUGGACUUCCGGGGACGUACCUACCCCUGUCCUCCGUACUUGAAUCACCUAGGAAGUGAUGUCACACGGGCCAUCCUUCUGUUUGCAGAGGGGAAGCCUCUCGGUCCAAAGGGCCUGGACUGGCUAAAGAUCCACUUAGUCAAUCUGACAGGACUGAAGAAGAAUAGCUCACUACAGGGACGGCUGGAGUAUGCCAGCACUAUUAUGGAGGACAUACUGGACUCUGCUGACAACCCUCUCAAUGGUGGGAAGUGGUGGAUGAAUGCAGAUGAGCCUUGGCAGGCUUUGGCCUGCUGCAUGGAGAUAGCCAAUGCUGUGAGAUCUCCUGAUCCGACACAGUUCAUCUCUCAUUUUCCUGUUCACCAGGACGGCUCCUGUAAUGGUCUCCAGCAUUAUGCUGCUCUAGGCAGAGAUGUUAUUGGAGCCACGUCAGUCAACCUCAUGCCCUGUGAGUUGCCACAGGAUGUGUACAGUGGCGUAGCACAGCAGGUGGAGGAGUUGCGAGCAAUCGAUGCACAGAAAAAUGUGACAGUAGCCAAAGUCCUGGAGGGCUUCAUCAACAGGAAGGUGGUCAAACAGACCGUGAUGACUGUGGUCUACGGGGUCACACGCCACGGGGGACGCCUCCAAAUAGCGAAAAGACUGAAGGAGACUGAUGAGUUCCCCAAGGACCAUGUAUGGAAUGCAUCCAAUUACCUGGUCCGUCUGGUCUUCAGUGGCUUAAAGGAGAUGUUUACAGGAACCAGAGAGAUCCAGGAUUGGCUUACAGCGAGCGCCAGGCUCAUCUCCAAGUCUGGCCACACCGUGCAAUGGAUGACACCCCUGGGUUUACCCAUCAUUCAGCCCUACCACCAACCACGCAACCAAGUGCUGAAGAGUGCAUUGCAACAUAUCAACAUCAAUAUCAACUAUGACAUCAAAGAGAUGCCAGACACAGUUAAACAGAAGAAUGCCUUCCCACCAAACUUCAUCCACUCUCUGGACUCCACACACAUGAUGCUGACUUCUCUCCACUGCUAUAGUGCUGACCUGACAUUCGUCUCGGUUCACGACUGUUUCUGGACCCACGCCCUCACUGUGGACACCAUGAACAAGAUCUGUCGGGAACAGUUUGUCGCCCUGCAUAGCCAGCCAAUCCUUCAAGAGCUGUCCGACUUCCUGCUAAACCAAUACUGCAGCAGCCCCCCGAUUAAGGGCAUGAAAAAGAUGGAAGCGGAAUAUCAGAAGUUGAAGCAGCUGCUGGCCCGAGUGCCCCAGACAGGUCAGUUUGUAUGCAGCUGUCUGGCUCCUAAACACUUGGUUGCACCAAAGCUCGAGUAUUGUUUGAAGGAGCCAAAUUACUCUGUGCUGUUUUUUUGUUUUUUUUAUUGGAUUGAAGAGGACUUGUAUGUCCUGAAGUUCAGUUUGAGGUUAGCAAGAAUGAUAGGAAUGUUAUUAAAUUGGGUUCUUGAACAAUCCUGUAUUUUCUAUCCUGAACAAAAUGAAUUGCUACUUGUUAUUGCCUAUUGCUUGUAUAGUCAUCCCAUUGUCUGUAGUCGGAUGUCCAGCUGUCUGUGUUGCCCAGACAUGGUAUUCUGCCUGUUGAUUCAAACAGGAAAAGCCAUUGAGUUUGGCUGAAAUUAAAUUUUCAGGUUAUGUCAUGAGUGGUGUAUUCAUGCCUAGCAGGUCCAGAUUCCCCAGUUUUCCUUUGACGCCACUGCAAGCGUCCGUCUAUUAUUGUCCAGUGUGGAGGUACAGUAGCAGCGCCUCUCUGUCAGUCAGGUGAAUGGGGGCUUUGCUGUUAUGUAACCCCUCGCUCCAUUUCCAUCUGUACCCUUAGUGUCUGCUUGGCACCGACAGCUGGGUUGUAUAAAUUGAUUUCUGUUAAUUGUGUCCCUCCUCUGCAUAAUCAGCUUAUGUGGCUGAGACCAGUCAGGUGUGCUCCUGAGGGAGGGGUGUGUGCUUGUGUGUGUGUGUGUGUGUCCCUGAAUGUCCACUGUGUUUAAUGUUAAAUAUGAGACUCAAUGGAUCUGGACUCAAAUCCAUUAUAAGCUUCACUAUGAAGGAUCCUGAACUUAUUAUUAAGGUGAGUCUGGUUUCACCGUGUGUAAUCCAGCAGGAGGUCAGACGAAUCAGGUGGAUCUAUGACCACAGAGACUGCAGAGCACACUGAAUAACUUAGAGCCAUUAACGUGCAAAGACACUAACGCAGCUAGAGUCUGACUUUGAUGCUACAGUUGCUGACUUUUAGGAUAGUAAAUGCUUUAAGUUAUUCAGUGUGUUCAUGUCUUGACUCUUUUAAACACUGCCAUUUUUUACGUUGGUGUCAUUUAACCCCAUUAAGGCUGUAAGUUUGUAAGACCCAAGUUGAGUAGUUGUGAAGAAGCAUGUCUUUUCAGCUUUAUGUGCCUUCACUUUGGUACACAGCGUUGCACAUUAUGUGAUCGUGGUAACAGUCUGUCUAUCUGUUAUCAUUAUUACAGAAAUAUAAGAUUGAAGUGUGUGCAUUCUUAAGCUUUUUAUGGCCUUUCCUCAAUAAUUCACGCCGUAGCUCCUGCUGGCGUAUGCUGCUGUCAGAGAGGCAAAGAGUACACAAGGCAAAGUACAGAGUGCAGGACAGGGCAUCAUCCAGAGAUAAAAUUAGUAGUGUGUGUAUUAAAGUUCAUAGAAAAUGUACUGGUGCCCAGUAAAACUAAAAAGUUGUAUCUGAUUUAAAAAUUAAAGCUCCUGAGUUUGACCCAGUUAAAAAAUAACUUCUCUUCUCCCACUCAUGAAGAUUGUAACCCUUGCCUUUCAGUAGACUCAGGACAAACUACAUCCUACCUACAUCCUAAUGUUCUUAACCGUUUCCUUAAUUGAUCAACGACAGCAUAGAUGAUAGAUGAAAAAUUGACCACAGUGCAAAUUGUUUAAAUGGAUUAUUUAUCAGCAUAAAAAACUCCUUGAAAUCUUAUUUUUAAGCAGUACAAUAUAUUAAAAGCUUACAAAAUACAAAGUGCAUAUUCCAUCAGUGAUGUUUUUUGGUCAUUAUAAUCAGUAUUUGUUUUCCAGCGGCAGUGCCAGUCUGUCAGCUGGUCAGUCCACCACUUUCGUCCAAACUGAAAUAUCUCAACUAUUGGAUGGAUUGCCAUGAAAUUGUGUACGUCUGUACAUGAUUUCAUGGUGUCCACAGGAUAAGUCCUGCUGACUUUGACGAUCCCCUGACUUUUCAUGUAGUGCCACCUUGAGGUUGACAUUUUAUGGCUUUUACUGAAAUGUUUUGACAAAUAUUGGAUGGCUUGCUGUAGAAUUUUCAUUUCAUUUUAAUCACAGUGCUCGCUUCCCCAUGUGCAUCCCCCCCCGACACUUAAAGCACCCCUGUUCCUAAGUGCGUUGCUUGCGUAAUUUAUUUCUUUAUUGACCAAAUUUUAACACGAUCGUAUGUGGUGAUUUUAAGUUUUCUUUUUAUAAUUAAAGCUGCAGUACAUGUAAUUUACUUUCUCUAACUACCAUCCACUGACUUUAACCUGCUCUGACACUUUGCCUCUUACCUCUCCAGGUGAUUUUGAUCUCCAGCAGGUCAAAGAUUCAACUUAUUUCUUCAGCUGAGAGGCUUGUGAGGGCGAGCAAGCAGAGGCAGAUGAGUGGAAUUGACAGUGCAGCAGGGAGGCUGCAGGCCCCGGGGGCUCGACUAGCUUUGUCUCCCUCAGACAUCCGGACAUUGAUCCAGCCGCACCCUGCCCGCCUCCUGGUCCACAGGCUGGAAACUGCUGGAGCUACUGGAGGCAUUCGCAAACACUGAGCCCUGCCUGAUUAACUGACUAGUGGGCUGAUGGAAUUGGUGGGGGGGGAAUACUCAUCCAAGCGACAGAUGAGGGAAUCAGCACCGGAUGGAAAUGUCUCUGAAAGACUUCAAUCAGUGAAAAGUACCUCUUAUAAUGGAUAUAUUCAGGUGUAUAUAAGUGUGUGUGUGUGUGUAUACUUGUGUGUGUGUGCUGCUUGUGUGCUGUGUGUGGUGUGUGUGUGUGUCGUGUGUGUGUGUGUGUGCGCGUACAUGACCCCCUACUGACUGAAUCACAUGUGAACUGUCUAUUUCUUCAUCACUCAGCAACACUUCUGCUACUCGAUAAGACUGAGCCAAAGCUUUUCACCUACAAACUGUAAUUGCUAGUGACUGGUGGUGUGUGAGCAUUUGUCAUGCUGUGAAGACCUCCACAGAGCGCUGACCUGCCUCUGCGACUCUCCCACCUAAUCGUCGAUCCCAUCAUUACUGGCUGGCAGGACGCUCUCUGACACAACGUUCAAACAUUUAAAGGUUUUCUGAAGAAGUUUGAAGAAAGACGUUUGAGGUGGAAACAAAGAUGUACAGGAUACGGGGCUCUCAGAGAAAGAUGAAUGUGGAGGGAUGAGCAAAGGGGCUCUUAGGCAGCAUUGUGUGCCAGGGUACUCUUGACUCUUAACUUCUUGGACUAAACACUUGACAAUUGCCUUUAAAAUAAAUGUGUUUCUUAAAA